CAAAUCAAACGAAACAGUCUACCGAGCGAGAUCCCGCGGCAGCCUUGUGAAUAUUCACACUAUCCGCGCUCCAAUCGUGUUCUUCUAUCGUGCGGCGGAAAGACUUCGAGAUGCCUUCGGGUGGAUUUUACGUGAAACGCGUCGUGGUGGCGGCGGCGGUGUGCUCCGUGCUGGCAGCGGGGACGCUGGGGUCCCCGGUGGUGGUGCCGCAGCCGAUUCGAUGCUCCCCGUGCACUCCCGAGAGGCUGAGCCAGUGCCCCCCGGUGGAUCCCGGGUGCGCGGAGGUGCUGCGGGAGCCCGGCUGCGGAUGCUGUUCCGCCUGCGCCCUGGCGGCCGACGAGCUGUGCGGCAUCUACACGGCGCCGUGCGGCUCCGGACUGCGGUGCGCCCCGAGACCCGGAGACCCCCGACCGCUGCACUCUCUCACUCGGGGACAAGCCGUGUGCACGGAGAGCUCCGAGCCUAAGCCGACAGCCGAGCCUGAGACACAAGAUCAGGGAGAGCAAGAGGCUGAGAUGGAAAAUGUCGCCGUGGUCUCGGACCCCGGCUUCGGUUACUACCUCCCCGGCCAGAAUAAGCCAUACGACCCGAGGGCGGCUGUCGACGCCCAGGAGAGCAUGAAAGCCAAAUUCGUCGCCAUCCACAAGAAAUCAGUCGAGCAGGGGCCUUGUCAUAUCGAGCUGCAAAGGGCCUUGGAGAAGAUUGCCAAAUCCCAACAGAAACUAGGAGACAAGCUGACCAGAUUCUACCUCCCUAACUGUGACAAGCGCGGCCUUUACAAACCCAAGCAGUGCGAAUCGUCUCUGGAAGGUCCAAGGGGACGAUGCUGGUGCGUGAACUCGUGGAACGGCAAGAAGAUUCUCGGCUCCGCCGAUCUGGCGGCGGAUUCCGAGUGCUCUUAAAAGGAGGAAGGAGCGCGUCUCCCAAAGGAAAAGAAGCGAGCCACUGACGUUCCAUUUUGAUAGCGGUUUAUUUAUUGACCUGGUUCUUGGUGGUGUUUUAAUCAGGUACACUGUCAUUAUGGGACUGCCAUCGCCCCGUUCCCUCUCCGACGUCUGUCCCAAAGAGAAGAGGCAAAGAAUCUAUUUUUGUUUUUCUGAAUGGAGAUUUUAAAAUAUCGAUACAUUUACUUUUCGCUCUAUUUAUUUCUACUGGGUUGAAUUCGUGCUGUUUUUUUUUUUGUGUGUGUGUGUGCAAUUAUUAUUAUUAUUAUUAUUAUUGGUAUUUAUAACAUUUUGUGUUACUGUUGUUGUUGUCAUUUUUUUUUUAAUGUGCAUCUAUUUAUCUUGGGCCUGACUAACUCCAUUGCAGAGUUGAGCUCGUUGUACCUUAUAAGUUGUCCGGAGGUUUUGUUUGUGACAAACCGAGCAGGAACGAAAGCACUGAGUGUCCAAAUGUCUGUUGUCUUCUGGUGGCUUCCAUCGAAACGUCUUUGGUUGCCUGAUGUGAAUCUCCAUCAGCUCUUGUGAGUGACUGCAGAACUGUCCGAUGGAUCUGAACAUUGACCUCGUCUCAGCAAACAUUUCCCAUGGCUCCGCGCGGUGCCGAUAGUAUGACAGGCCGGCGUCCAGUAAUGCAACUGCGCUCAGACGGGUAUCUCAACAUUGACCUACCUCCACUAUUUAUGUGUCCUCUCUCAAUGGUGUCUGUCACCGCUAGUUGCCAUUCUACCUUGUAUGUAUGUUGCUGUUCUCUCCGAUGAAGAACACAUGACCACAUAGAAGGAGUCCCACACUUUCAACCCAUGAUGUGGUUCACAAGUGGCGCCUCUGUUCUGAUCUACAUGCUGCUGUUGGAGAGUAUUGUUUAUAUCGAUUCCAAAGAGACUAAAUGCUCGCUCACUUUUGUAAUUGAAAUGUAAGGUAAAGAAAAAAAAAGUCGAUAUAUUUAAUAAAAACAUGACUUAACCCCA